UCCCUUCCUAUACAUACAAACUACUGUGAAGCUUAUAUAAAUCUCUCUCUCUCUUUUAAGUUUUUAUAUAAUACUCGUAUUAAAUAAUUUUGGUUUUAAAUAAUCUUAGAAAAUAACAAAACCCUUAUCUUUACUCCAUUCUCACUCAACUCCCUCUCUCUUUUUUAACAAAUCUCUCCCUUUACGCUCCACUCCAACCAGCACUUUCCUUUUCCCGGUACUUAUGGCGACGGCAGCCUUUUCCGGCGUACCGUGUAUCGACAGAACAUCAUUAUUAUCUGCCCAGCCGUCCUCCUCCUCAUCGUCAUCUGUUGUAGUCUGUUACAGUUCAUUUUCAAAACCUGGAACCACACUAUUACCCUCUUUGAAGCUCAAGAGUAGUAGGAACAACAAUAAUAGUAAUGUUUUUCUGUUCGGAAACACCCGAAAGACCUCUCGAUUAUCUUUCCUUGUUCGCUGUGAUUCUUCUUCUUCUUCUUCUUCUAAUGGAAGGAUUACACAACAAGAAUUCACAGAGAUGGCGUGGCAAGCAAUCGUGUCUUCCCCUGAAGUGGCAAAGGAGAACAAACAUCAAAUUGUGGAGACUGAGCAUUUGAUGAAAGCUUUGCUGGAACAGAAAAAUGGGUUAGCAAGGAGAAUAUUCUCCAAGGCUGGUGUGGAUAAUACUCGCCUUCUAGAAGCAACUGAUAAGUACAUUCAACGCCAACCAAAGGUUAUUGGCGAGUCAGCUGGCUCGAUGUUAGGGCGGGAUUUGGAAGGUCUAAUGCAGAGAGCCCGGGAUUACAAGAAAGAGUAUGGUGACUCUUUUGUAUCUGUUGAGCAUUUGGUACUUGGCUUUGUGCAAGAUAGCCGAUUCGGGAAACAGUUGUUUAGGGAUUUUCAAAUUUCAUUGAAAACCUUAAAAGAUGCAAUAGAAUCCAUCAGAGGACGACAAACAGUAAUAGACCAAGAUCCUGAGGGGAAGUAUGAAUCACUAGAGAAAUAUGGUAAAGAUUUGACUGCUAUGGCGAGGGCAGGAAAGCUCGACCCUGUCAUAGGAAGAGAUGAUGAAAUACGGAGAUGCAUCCAGAUUCUAUCAAGGAGAACUAAGAAUAAUCCUGUGCUCAUUGGUGAACCUGGUGUUGGAAAAACUGCAAUAUCUGAAGGGCUUGCUCAGAGAAUAGUGCAAGGUGAUGUGCCUCAAGCUCUAAUGAACCGAAAGUUGAUAUCCCUAGACAUGGGUGCACUUAUUGCCGGAGCAAAAUAUCGUGGAGAAUUUGAGGAUCGACUUAAGGCAGUGCUGAGAGAGGUUACAGAGUCAGAUGGGCAGAUAAUUCUUUUCAUUGAUGAGAUCCAUACUGUUGUUGGGGCAGGGGCAACCAAUGGUGCGAUGGAUGCUGGGAAUCUGUUGAAGCCUAUGCUUGGUCGAGGAGAGUUGCGAUGCAUUGGUGCAACAACUUUAGACGAGUAUCGUAAAUAUAUAGAGAAAGAUCCGGCAUUGGAGCGCCGCUUUCAACAAGUUUAUGUUGACCAGCCUACAGUAGAAGAUACAGUUUCUAUACUUCGUGGGCUGCGUGAAAGAUAUGAACUGCAUCAUGGAGUACGCAUUUCAGAUAGUGCACUUGUUGAAGCUGCAAUUCUUUCAGAUCGUUACAUCAGUGGACGCUUUUUGCCAGAUAAAGCCAUUGAUCUGGUAGAUGAAGCAGCUGCUAAACUGAAAAUGGAGAUCACUUCAAAACCAACUGCGCUUGAUGAAAUCAAUCGUGCUGUACUGAAACUUGAAAUGGAGAGGCUGUCACUGACUAGUGAUACGGAUAAAGCUUCAAAGGAUAGGUUGACCCGGCUCGAGUCAGAACUGGCUCUCUUGAAGGAGAGGCAAACUCAGUUGAAUGAACAAUGGGAGCAUGAAAAGAGUGUCAUGACAAAUAUGCAAUCUAUAAAGGAAGAGAUUGACCGGGUCAACCUAGAGAUCCAGCAGGCAGAGCGUGAAUAUGAUCUCAACCGUGCAGCUGAGCUGAAAUACGGAAGUCUAAACUCUUUGUUGCGUCAACUUGACACUGCUGAAAAAGCAUUGGUGGAGUAUAUGAGCUCAGGGAAGUCGAUGCUCCGGGAAGAAGUUACUGGUGAUGACAUUGCAGAGAUUGUGAGCAAAUGGACUGGCAUUCCACUAUCAAAGCUUAAACAAUCCGAGAGGGAGAAAUUGUUACAUCUGGAGGAAGAGUUACAUAAACGUGUUGUAGGUCAGAAUCCUGCGGUUACAGCUGUGGCCGAGGCUAUCCAACGUUCCAGAGCUGGACUAUCGGAUCCUCACCGUCCAAUAGCUAGUUUCAUGUUCAUGGGGCCUACUGGAGUUGGAAAAACUGAGCUAGCAAAAGCGCUUGCUUCUUACUUGUUUAACACAGAGGAGGCUCUAGUACGGAUUGAUAUGAGUGAAUACAUGGAAAAGCACGCCGUUUCCAGAUUGAUAGGUGCACCACCUGGAUAUGUAGGUUAUGAGGAAGGAGGGCAGUUGACAGAGAUAGUACGCAGGAGGCCUUAUGCUGUUAUCCUGUUUGAUGAAAUUGAAAAGGCUCAUGCUGAUGUGUUCAAUGUGUUCCUCCAGAUCUUGGAUGAUGGCAGGGUGACAGACUCACAAGGUCGUACAGUCAGCUUCACCAACACUGUCAUCAUCAUGACCUCAAACGUAGGCUCCCAGUACAUACUUGACACCGAUGACUCCAUGCCCAAAGAUCGAGCAUACGAGACUAUAAAGCAGAGAGUUAUGGAUGCAGCAAGGUCGGUAUUUCGUCCCGAGUUCAUGAACCGAGUUGAUGAGUACAUAGUAUUCCAGCCUCUUGACCGCUCCCAAAUCAACAGAAUUGUUCGAUUACAGUUGGAGCGGGUGCAGAAGAGGAUAGCAGAUCGGAAGCUAACAAUUAAUGUAAGUGAAGCUGCAGUUGAGCUUUUAGGAAGUCUUGGGUAUGAUCCAAACUAUGGUGCUAGACCCGUCAAGCGUGUGAUUCAACAAUAUGUUGAGAACGAGCUUGCAAAGGGCAUAUUGAGAGGAGACUUUAAGGAUGAGGACACCAUCUCAGUAGACACAGAAGUCACAGCAUUCUCCAAUGGCCAACUCCCCCAACAAAAGCUUGUUUUCAAGAAAGUCAACUCAUUGCCUGGUGAUGCACCCGAGGGCCAACAAGCAUUAUCACAAACUUUCUAGGUUGUGAGCCAACAGAUAGAUUAUCCCUAAAAAUGUACACAUGUUUGUAACACUGGCAACAUUGCACAUUCAUCUAGUAUUUUAGUAUACAUAAUAAAUGCUUAUGCUAUGGUGAGUCAUUUUGCCAUUUUUGAUAA